CCUUUUACCGUGGCGUCGAAAAAGCGCUGGCACAGGCUGGUCACGUGGGCAUCAAAUGAACCAGAUUCUGGUUCAUUUUUAAUUUAUGCAAAUUCUGCAUAUUUACGAUUUUGGCGAUGGGCUGGGAAGAUGUGGUACGUGUUUUCAAGCGGCUGAAUAAUGUUUUCAAAAAGUAUGAAAAGUUGCCCUCGUUUAUUUUGAAACCAAAACAAGUUCAAUGUUUCGAGUAUUUAGGAGAAGGACACCACGUUAUAGCUGUUUUGCCUACUGGGUUUGGUAAAUCGUUAAUUUAUCAACUUUUACCCGACUUUGUUCCAGAACGAAAGGCAGGCAAUAUUGUACUUGUUGUCUCUCCUGUAACAUCAAUUAUUCAAGAUCAGUUAGUAAAUUUAAGUAAAGUAGGCAUUGAAUGUGGUUUCUUACAACUCGAAGACCAAGCUAAUAGCCAGAGAUACGAACCCUUGUUUGAGGAAGAUUUGAAUGAUGCAUCAAAUUCUGUUUUUAAAAUUUCAAAAAGCAUUGUUGCAGGCAAAUGUAAAAUUUUAUUUGCACAUCCAGAGUCACUGUUAUCAGAUCAGGGAAGGAAGAUAUUACGAUCAAAAAUUUAUGAGGAAAAUGUUGUGGCUUGUGUGAUAGACGAGGCGCAUUGUGUGGAAUUAUGGGGUGAAGAAUUUCGUACAGAAUUUCAAAACUUAUCAGUUUUACAAGCAUUCUUCCCUCACAGUAUCAUGUUAGCUUUGACUGAAACUGCUUCACCAACGAAAUUACGUAAUUUAAAAAAAGCUUUGAAAAUAGAAAAUUGCAAAGUGGUUACUGCAAAUCCAAAUCGUAAAAGCAUUUUUUUUAAAAAAGAAAUAAGAAUGAGUAAUUGCAAAGGUUUAGCAGGAUAUGAGGAUAUAUUACUACCUAUCGCAACAGAGUUAAAGCACAAAAAACAAAACUGCCCUAUGACAAUUAUUUAUUUAAAGUUAAAAUAUUGUGCCUAUGCAUACAGAUUGUUUGAAAGAAUUUUGGGUGAGGAUCAAUAUGUUAAUCAUAAAAAACAUCCGUCUUCUCGACUUUUUAAUCAGUAUCACUCACCACAAACAAAGUUGAUGAAAACAACUUUUUUAGAAGAAAUAAAACGUGAAAACUCUAGAAUAAAAAUAAUUUUUGCCACUACGGCACUUAAUAUGGGUGUCAACACACCAUUUGUCAUUAUACAUAUUUCUCCCCCGUCCAACAUUGAAUCGUACAUUCAAGAAAUUGGAUGGGCAGCCCGACGUGGUCAACCAGCAGAAGCAAUAUUGUAUUACAAUAAUUCAGACAUUUCAACGAAUAAAAAAAAUGUUGACCAGCAUAUGAAAGAAUUUUGUGACUUGACAACUUGUUUAAGAAGUUUUUUACAAAAUUAUUUUGGCUUUAAACACACAAAACAAGAAUUGUGUUGUUGCAACUGUGAAAUUCUAUCCUUGGAAAGUAGAAAAGCAAAAGAAAUUAAGAAACCUUCACCCUUUAUUGACAAAAGUUUUCUGCCUGACUUGGAAUUAUUGAUCAAUAAAUUAAACACAAGAGCUGAUCCAUUGUUUGCUGAUAUAUGCACUGCUAACACAUAUGCUAAAAUAAUAGAUAAUAUUGAUAAAAUAACAUCCGAAAAAGAUCUUCUUAGCUAUGGUAUAUUUGAUGAAGACAUAGCUCUGGAAAUAUAUGAACUUAUUCAACAGCAUCUUAUAUAG